UUUCAGAGGCAAGGAAAAGAUCUGGAGAAAGUUAAGCAGCGGUUAAUAGAGAUUGCUAAUCACGUUGAUAAGUUUUACAGACCACUGAACAUCCGGAUUGUGCUAGUAGGAGUGGAAGUGUGGAAUGACAUCGACAAAUGCUCUAUAAGCCAGGACCCAUUCACCAGUCUCCAUGAAUUUCUGGACUGGAGGAAGAUAAAGCUUCUACCUCGCAAAUCCCACGACAAUGCUCAGCUUAUCAGUGGGGUUUAUUUCCAAGGAACCACCAUCGGCAUGGCACCCAUCAUGAGCAUGUGCACUGCAGAGCAGUCUGGAGGAGUUGUCAUGGACCAUUCAGAUAGCCCCCUUGGUGCUGCCGUGACCUUGGCACAUGAGCUGGGCCACAAUUUCGGAAUGAACCAUGACACACUGGAGAGGGGCUGCAGCUGCAGGAUGGCUGCAGAGAAAGGAGGGUGCAUCAUGAACCCUUCCACCGGGUUCCCAUUCCCCAUGGUGUUCAGCAGCUGUAGCAGGAAGGACCUGGAGGCUAGCCUGGAGAAGGGAAUGGGGAUGUGCCUCUUCAACCUACCAGAGGUCAAGCAGGCCUUCGGGGGCCGGAAGUGUGGAAAUGGCUAUGUGGAAGAGGGAGAAGAGUGUGACUGCGGGGAACCAGAGGAAUGUACCAAUCGCUGCUGUAAUGCCACCACCUGUACUCUGAAGCCGGAUGCUGUGUGUGCACAUGGGCAAUGCUGUGAAGACUGCCAGCUGAAGCCUCCGGGAACUGCAUGCAGGCCCUCCAGCAACUCCUGUGACCUCCCAGAAUUCUGCACAGGGACUGCCCCUCACUGCCCAGCCAAUGUAUACCUACAUGAUGGGCACCCAUGUCAGGGAGUGGAUGGUUACUGCUACAACGGCAUCUGCCAGACCCAUGAGCAGCAGUGUGUCACGCUCUGGGGACCAGGUGCUAAACCAGCCCCUGGCAUCUGCUUUGAGAGAGUCAACUCUGCAGGAGAUCCUUAUGGCAACUGUGGCAAAGACUCCAAGAGUGCCUUCGUCAAAUGUGAGAUGAGAGAUGCCAAGUGUGGAAAAAUCCAGUGCCAAGGUGGUGCCAGCCGACCAGUCAUUGGUACCAAUGCAGUUUCCAUAGAAACAAAUAUCCCACAGCAGGAAGGAGGUCGGAUUCUGUGCCGGGGGACCCAUGUGUACUUGGGCGAUGACAUGCCAGACCCAGGACUUGUGCUUUCGGGAACAAAGUGUGCUGAAGGAAAAAUCUGCCUCAAUCGUCGGUGUCAGAAUAUCAGUGUUUUCGGGGUUCACAAGUGUGUGAUGCAGUGCCAUGGCCGAGGGGUGUGUAACAACAGGAAGAAUUGCCACUGUGAGGCCCACUGGGCACCUCCCUUCUGUGACAAGUUUGGCUUUGGAGGAAGCACAGAUAGUGGUCCCAUUCGGCAAGCAGAUAACCAGGGCUUGACUGUAGGAAUCCUGGUGAGCAUCCUGUGUCUGCUGGCCGCUGGAUUUGUAGUAUAUCUCAAAAGGAAGACCUUGAUGCGGCUGCUGUUCACACAUAAGAAAACCACCAUAGAAAAGCUGAGGUGUGUGCACCCUUCCCGGAUACCCAGUGGCUCUCACCUUAGCCAGGCUCACCCCACCCUCGGAAAAGGCCUGCUGAUGAGCCGGUCACCACAUUCCAACACCCCCAAGGACAGGCGGUCCCUGCAAAGCCAGACCAUCGACAUCAGCAGGCCCCUCAACACUCGAGCCAUCCCUCAUCCCCAGUCACCUCAGCGAGUGCUCCCGCCUCUCCACCAGGCCCCACGUGCACCCAGCGGCCCUGUCAGGCCCCUGCCUGCCAAUCCUGCACUCCGGCAGGCCCAGGGUACCCACAAGCCCAGCCCUCCUCAGAAGCCUCUGCCUGCUGAUCCACUGAGCAGGACAUCUCGGCUCACUAGUGCCUUGGUGAGAACCCCAGGGCAGCAGGAGCCUGGCCUCCGCCCAGUCCCAAACAGACCUGCUCCCAAGCAUCAAGUGCCCAGAUCUUCACACAAUGCCUACACCAAGUGACAAGCAAGCCCAGACUGGUCCUCAGCAGUGAAGACAGAAGUUUGCACUAUCAACUCCAGCGGAGUGAUUUUUUUUUUUUGUACCAACUUUCAGAAUUUUUAAAGUUUUUAAAAUGCCAUUGUUUCCAGAACUUUGAGCUACUGCCGUCGGUGCUGUGCUGUGGUGCUUUGUGUCCUUGCUCAGGUACUUGUAAGUUAUUAAUUUAUGCAAAGUGUCUAUUACUGCGCAGGGCGCCGUAGCAGGCAUUUGUACCAUCACGGGGUUUUUUUCAGAAGGCUCCUUGUGCUUUUCUCCUUCUGGCGGACUUGAAAUAUCCUGCUUGAUGGGAUCCAAGACAAGAUGUUUACUUUCUGUUUGAGGCCUUAUUGGAAAACAGCUCCCCAACUCCCCAAGGCUGUUAUAGCACCAGACACACAGCUCAGGAGACCCCAAGCGGAACUGGAAUGGGUUUAUUCGUUUUUAUUUUUUUGGAAUCCCUAUCUUGGGCUGUAGCCUGGGCCUUCAGGAAGGUCUUGGGCCUUGUAUACUGACAGGGCUUCAGGCCCUGCACCCUGCAGCUCUCUGACAACUGGUAAAAUCUGGCUCUGGCCAGCAGCUUUGGAGAAAACCUGGGGUGCAAGCACAAAGGUUGAGAUGUGGCCACACCAGGAUAGAGACCAGAACCCUAGUUCAGUCAGUCAUCUGACCUUGAGCUGAGCAGCCAUGAACACCUUUGGAGGGCAAAGAAGUCUGUGGUGCCACACAAGGCUUUGCUCCCAGAGCCAGCAGGAGCAUCUCUCUGGCUUCCCUUUUGCAGAGUGCUGGCAUGGGCAUGUUGUUUACAUUGGGAACAGUGGUGUUUCUACAAGAAAGCCACUGCCUGGGCACUGCAGACCUCUGUCUCCUGCCCCGUUUAGAGCUAAGCAAAUUACCACAUUGUCUUCUUGACUGUAAUACAAUGACCCUGUGUUCUGACAGAUAGAGGAGGCUUUCUAUGGGACCAUAAACAUUUUCAGAUGUGAACUGGUAACCAGAUCUAGUCGAUCAACCCUGGAGAUAAAAAUUUCCUUUUUACUGCAAGGCUCGACUUAUUAAAAAUUAGGCAGAAUCCAUAUGCUUGCAAAAGUCAUAACCACAUGGAAUGCUAUUCUCAUUGUAUAGCCUGUGUCUACUAUCCUUAUUAGUAGUCAUUGGACACAGAGCCCAAAGUCACCCAUCUGUUGUCUUUGGGGCAUCCUAUUCAAAACAGAGUCCCAGUCUUUCCCACACUAGGAACAUACCUGUUAACUCAUCAUACAAUGGCAAAAGCAGUAAGUUCCCCAGUGCUGAAGGCUCAUGGAAGGCAGGCCCAGCCAGGCAUCCCUUCCAUCUCUCACUCUUUCAAUGUCUGACUGGAAAGCCACCUUUCGUAGCAGAUCUUUAUGAUGUCUCAACCUAAUGCUAUGAAAGACAUUUUUAAAAAAAUCAUGUAAGGCAAAAUGUCAGAGGCCUUCAUUGUGUCCUAGCAUGGGAUGACAAGCUCUCACACUGGAAGGUAACUGACAGUGGUUCUGUAACAUCUGAGUGUAUUAGAAUCAGGCUGCUUUGGAAGGGUCACAUCAAUAUGGCUGGCCUAUGCCUUGAAGCAGAAGGGAAAAUACAGAUUUAGAAUUUGGUUUGCUUUCCAGAAUUCAAAGCUGUAUUCAGGUUUAGGAAACAUGGCCUUCAUGAUGGUGGAUAAAUAAAUCCACAUCACAGAUUCAUAAAAGAACUCUCAUAGCAGGCCUCUCUUCAUGGCACAGUGACAAUAUUGCUGCCACCGGGACACAUACAGUAUUUUUGUACCUGAUGUGACAUUGGGUAGUUGUAUUAAGGCCAAACAUACACAACUGGAAAUGUAACAGAACCGUGUGAGCAGUCUUUCAAGGCACUCGGAGCUUUAGCUGGAGCAUGUGAACCCACCCUUUUUUGGGUGGGAGAGAGAGGAGAGCUACGAACCCAUAUUUCUUCUGUCAUUUCUGUACUUUAGUUUUAGAGGACCAGGGAGAGUUUGGUUUAAAGGAAAUUGAAACUGUGAUCUUCUGCCAUCUCUCCAGUGGCUACCAAGGGUGCCGAUGGUGCCUUCCCAGCUGAGCAGUGCUGGCUGCUUGCUUUUCCAGAGCCAUGCAUCCAUUUCUGAAUAAGAAUAUAUUUAAUCCUGGUAUUCCCUUACAGGACAGACAGACAGUAUCGUUAAAAGAAUACCUCUAAGAUAUAGUAGUUAUCAAAUAAAGCAUAUUUAGCAAUUCUCAAUUUUAACAAAACUUAGGAACCAAUAACCAGCUUUGGGAUUUAUUGAGAGUGGGUAGUUUUUCAUUCCUUUUCUACAUCUUUUAAAUGACAGAGACCAAAAUUAAUACUCACAGUUCCAUUGCAGUCUAUCUUUAAAACAUACUGUAGACAUGAUUGGAGUUUGUUGAGUUUUGUGAGAACAUCCCUGAGGAAGUCCAGUAGAGUGGUCCAGUACCUAGACAUGAGGCAUGGCUGGAUGUUCUCAUUUCCUUCCUAUAUCAAGGAAUAGUUAUAGGUGAUGUGACCCCACUUUAUAGGCAAGUGGGAGGUGAACCUUGCAGGCAUUCCACUUAAAAGCUGGUCUCCUACAGUAUUCCCAAAUCUGUUUUCCCAGCACGUGGGAUCGGAUAGAGAGCAACAAUGCAGCUUUCCAUUUCAAAAUAUGCAUGCCGAGUUUGCACUCUGAGUGUUUCCAGCUUACACAUGUGGGAUGACAUCACAGAAACCACACAAGCAACAAAUUAAAACUCUAUGGGAAGAAAUACUCCUGACUGGUCUCCAAGGAGACAUUUUUAUGUCUUCUUAACUUUAUUAGGAAUUCUCAGGCUGAAGCUAUGGGUCAUUGUUCUCCAACAAAUCAAUACAACCCAUCAAUGCAUUCCCUAAGAACUGCCAAACCCUGAGUUGUAUUUGAAUGUUCUUAGGAGCCCAUGAUCCCCAUGGUGCUACAAAGAGGCUGGAGCUGGGCCAAUGAGAAGGCCUGAGCAUCCUCCUGCCUCUCAGCAGAUGUUUACUGAGCACUCUGAGCCAGUGCCACCCUGACAACUGGGAGGACAAUGGCUGGGCCAUAGGGUGCCUGGCCUUUCCUCUGAGGCUCUUCAUGUUCUAAUUCUCUCAGAUCAGGCCAGCCCAGGGACACUUGAUGUCUACAGAUCCUUCCCCAUCUGUUCUCAGAUGGCCUCAGUCAUACACAAAUGACCCAGAUGGCCCCCAGAACCAAGAGCUGGGUGUUUUGAGCAGUAUGGCAAGUGGGUGAUGAUACUGUAGAGGCCAUUUUUUUUCUCUCUUCCACUCAUACUAGAAGCUAGCCCUCCAUUCCUAGUUCUGCCACACAACUUGGCAGUGGUUCCAUCACACCAAGUACACAGGAAAACAUAGGUACCAAUUUACCUUCUGCUCUUGUUAAUCACAAGUGCCUUAUAUUGGCCAGAUCCCAUGCCAAAGCUUCUCUCAUCUGAGAGAACCAAAUCUCUACCUUUGUCACUCCUUCAAGCCAAAGUGGUAACUACUAUAGAGUGUAGCUACCCUUUAAGGUUCACCCUAGGCAGUACAGUCCAAUCUUCUCCAGGGCCAUAGCACAGAGCAACCCUCCAGCACAUACCAGCCUUGAAUCUAUCCCACAGUAUAUCAACCACAGUGACCUCCUUCCUAAUGCCUUGCUCUAAUUAGAAGGUGAAGUUGGCCAUAGAAAAUCAAGUUAGCACUGACUGCAAAAUGCUGUUGCUGCAACCUGAAUUUCCCACUGGCAUCUCUUGCUUUUAAACUCUGAUGAAGUAAAUGAUUCUCCCAGGUCUGUGAGCCCCAUGCUCAGAACCAUUGGGCAGUGGGGACCCUUGCAGGAGACAUUUGCACAGUCAUGAAUGUACCAUUUCUGUGCCUUUUGUGGAGAACAACAUAUAAGCAUACAUGCAUACUUACACACACACACACACACACACACACACACACACACACACACACACACAAAACAAAAGCAGUUUAUUAUCAUGAGAAAAUGGAAGCUUUUCUCAUGAGAGAAACUAGGAAGAGAAACGCUGCAUAUGGAAUUGUUGGGAUGCUCAAUAGAGAUUGCCAAGAGGCCUAACACCUGAGAGUCAUUUUCAACUGUAAAAUGAUUUGGCCCCUGCAAGUUGAGAGCCCUGCCACAUGCCUGCCUUUCUAUACCUUCAAACAGCAUGUUCUGUGAUAUCUGUAGUUCUCCAAGAACAUAACAUUUCAGUCAUUAAUUUAGCACAUUUAAAUUGAGACAGAUUCAAUAUCAUGUGACAUUUUUACAAACAAGUCAAAUGCUAGUUCAUCUUCCUUGGCCUGUAUGUUGGUACUUCAUAAGGCAGUGACCAGAAAACAUACACCCACAAAAAUCUCAUGAGGCUCCAAGGAAGGAUACUUAAGAACUAACAGGCCUCCUAUCAGGGCAACUUGGUAGUGGUUGGGAAGCCAACCAUGUGAAUGUGGCAACAACCAACAUAACUCUAACUGGCCACAGGCUGCCUAGCUCCUUUCUGAUUAAUGUUACAUCUUGGUUAACCUGCAUAGUCAUUCUGCAGGGCUUCAUCCAUUGAUAGCGCUUUGAUAAAUUCAUGUUUUCACAUUUGUAUGUUACAUGCUGUUAUUUUUGUAUGCAUUUCUCAUAUGGGAGAUCUACAAGUAAAUACAGCCUACUAGUUCAGUAGAAAAUGUCAUUGUUAAGAGUAUUAUAUCCAAUAAACAGUAAACAGAUAAA